AUGAACAUGUCAAUGCGUUUGUUAUCUUCUGAGUUCACAUGUCCUACAAGUGUGAAUUUUCUUUUCUCCAGACCCUCUGUAAGGGUUUCACCUUUCGUUAAUAAACAUGUCUGUAAUCGUGGUGGAAGAACCGCGAGGUUGUCUUGUCAAUUGAUGCAUGGCCAUUUAGAGGAAUCAUAUAGAAGAAAGAAAAGGUUGCAAGUGUCGCUACAGAAGCCAGAUUUUGUGAGGACUUUGUUGAUUGAUAACUAUGAUAGUUAUACUUACAAUAUAUACCAGGAGCUGUCUAUUAUUAAUGGUGUCCCUCCCGUGGUGAUUCAAAAUGAUGAUUGGACGUGGGAAGAACUUUGCCAUUACCUGUACGAAGAAAAUGCAUUUGAUAACAUUGUAAUAUCACCUGGACCUGGUUCUCCGGCAUGCCCAGAAGAUAUAGGCAUUUGUCUUCAAAUAUUACAUGAAUGCAGGGAUAUUCCCGUUCUUGGUGUUUGCCUAGGACACCAGGCAUUGGGUUAUGUGCAUGGAGCUCAAGUUGUCCAUGCACCUGAACCAGUUCAUGGGCGUCUGAGUGAUGUUGAGCACAAUGGAUGCCAGCUUUUUCAUGGCAUACCUUCUGGUAGAAAUUCUGGUUUCAAGGUGGUUCGAUAUCAUUCACUGGUGAUAGAUUCUGAAUCACUUCCUGAAGUGCUCAUUCCAAUAGCAUGGACUUCCACUAGUACACUUCCAUCUAUUGGAUCCAAGGUUUCUGACAAGUACAAUGGUCAUGAAGUUCAGUCUGAUCAAAGCAGUUUCUUUGAUUCAUUUUUACCUGAAGCAGGAAAUGGUAGUUCAAACCUUAUUGAUCAUGGACAGACUAGAAAUGCAAGGGUUCUUAUGGGAGUCAGGCAUUCUACAAGGCCACACUAUGGUGUACAGUUUCAUCCAGAGAGUGUUGCCACCUGCCAUGGAAGUCAAAUAUUCAUGAAUUUUAGAGAGAUUACAGAGGAUUAUUGGCUGAGAUUUAGGUCAUCACACAACAAGGAAAAUCGUGCUAAUUCUAAUGCAUACACACAGGUUUCAAGUGCUAGUAGACUCUACAGAGACUUUUGCAGAAGUAAUAAUGCAGAAAUUAAUACUGUGGAUCAGCCAAGGAGAGUAAAUCACGGAGACAAACAUUUAGCACUUAAUAAUACUGAGAUGAACUAUAAAUGUUUGAAGUUGAAAUGGAGGAAAUUUGAUCACUUGGCUGGCCAAGUUGGCGGAGCAAAAAGUAUAUUCUGUCAGUUGUUUGGACAUGAAGCUGAAAACACCUUUUGGUUAGAUAGUUCCUCCACCGAUAUGGGAAGAGCGCGCUUUUCAUUCAUGGGAGGAAAAGGUGGAUCACUUUGGAAGCAGUUAGCGUUCAGAUUGUCUGAUCAGAGUGAUGGGUGUUCAAAAGGUGGUGGCUUUUUGUCACUCGAAGAUUCUGAAGGCUCGGCCAAAACAAUAUUCUUGGAAGGAGGGUUUCUUGAUUUUUUUAACAAGGAGCUUCAAUCAUAUCAUUAUGAUAAGAAUGAAUACGAAGGUCUACCAUUUGAUUUUCACGGCGGAUAUGUUGGUUACAUCGGGUAUGAUCUCAAAGUUGAAUGUGGUGUCACAUCUAACCGCCACAAAUCUAAAACUCCAGAUGCAUGUUUUUUCUUUGCUGAUAAUCUUGUAGCCAUUGAUCACAAAAAUGAUGAUGUUUAUUUAUUGGCUAUACAUGAAGAAAGUUCAACUACGACAGAAUGGUUGGAUGAUACCGAGGAGAAGCUUCUGAGCUUUACUGGCUCUAAGAGCAUGGAUUUUGAAAGACAGUAUUCUCAUCCGUCAACUUUUUCCUCAAAUAAGACUGGUUUUGCAGCUGAACAGUCUAGAGAGCAGUACAUUAGAGAUGUUAAGAAGUGUCUAAACUACAUUAAAGACGGAGAGAGCUAUGAGUUGUGCCUCACAACUCAGAUAAGGAAACCAAUUGAGGAAGAUCUGUGUAUUUGCUGUUCUUCUCCUGAGAGGUUCUUGCAGUUGGAUAGGAAUGACAUGCUAGAAGCUAAGCCCAUUAAGGGUACUGCAGCCCGUGGUGCUACUGAAGAGGAAGACAAGCAACUCAAGUUGAAAUUACAGCUCAGUGAAAAGGAUCAGGCUGAAAACUUGAUGAUUGUUGACCUUCUAAGAAACGACCUUGGUCGAGUAUGUGAUCCUGGAUCUGUUCACGUGCCGCAUCUCAUGGAUGUACAAUCAUAUGCAACUGUUCACACAAUGGUGAGUACAAUUCGUGGGAAAAAGCGGUCAGAUGUAAGUGCAGUAGACUGUGUCAAAGCUGCAUUUCCUGGUGGUUCGAUGACAGGUGCACCAAAGUUGAGAUCAAUGGAACUUCUCGACUCUCUUGAAAGUUGUUCUCGAGGCAUCUACUCAGGCUGUAUUGGAUUUUUCUCAUAUAAUCAGACAUUUGAUCUAAAUAUUGUCAUAAGAACAAUUGUUAUACAUGAGGGUGAAGCUUCGAUAGGAGCUGGAGGGGCAGUUAUUGCUCUGUCAAACCCAGAAGAAGAGUAUGAAGAGAUGAUCUUGAAAACAAAAGCACCAGCAAGCACUAUGUUAGAUUAUGAAUAUAGAGAUCAAUAA